GAAAAGUUCGAUAGUCAAUUGCAAAAAUGCGUGGAAAAGAGUACAUCAGGGAGAAUCUCCUGACGAUUCUCAUGGUUGUGGGCGUCGUGCUGGGCAUCGUCAUUGGUAUCGUCCUGCACACUACGAGUUCCGGCGCGUGGUCGUCCAGGAACGUGAUGUACAUGCAGUAUUUGGGGGAUCUGUUCCUCCAAAUGCUGCGCGGACUGGUGCUGCCGCUCAUCAUCUCGUCUCUCGUGGCGGCGGUCAGCAGCAUGGACAUGUCCAUGUCCGGCCGAAUAGGAGGCCUGGCGGUCGCCUACUACAUGCUGACGACGAUCCUGGCCAUUAUUCUAGGCAUUAUUCUGGCCAUCACGAUCAAACCAGGAGUGAAUCACAGUGUCGAAGAUGGCGGCGAAGAGAUUGUGGGUCGAAACACAACGACGGCCGACACUCUCUUGGACUUAGUCCGGAAUCUUUUCCCGCCAAACUACAUUCAGGCUUGUCUUCAGCAAUAUCAAACACAUUUGAUUCCACCGUCUGAGAACGACACUGAAGCAUUAGCAGACAUUAAUCUGUGGAAAUUGCAAGGAGUUUUCAUAGACAGUACCAAUAUUUUGGGUCUCGUCGUAGCAUCCAUUGUUUUCGGCAUCGCUCUCAGUUCCACGAAGAAGGAAACCGCCACGGUUUCAAACUUGUUCCGCGAACUUAACUUACUGAUGAUGAAGAUCACGCGAUGGGUAAUUUGGCUGUCGCCAGUCGGAGUGCUCUUUCUGAUCUGCGCCAAAUUCAUUGAAUCUGACAACCUGGACGUCUUUAUUCGCCUAGGUAUUUAUUUUGCAACAGUACUUGGCGGUAUUCUAUUUCACGGAUUCGCUGUUCUUCCGCUGAUUUACUACAUUCUGACCAGGAAGAAUCCUUACAUCCUGAUUCGACACAUGGGACAGGCCAUAGCCACGGCUUUUGGCACAUCAUCAAGUUCAGCUACGAUUCCUGUAACGCUACAGUGUCUUGAAGAGAAUCAUGGAAUCGAUCCUCGCGUUACGCGAUUUAUGGUUCCGAUUGGCGCUGCAAUCAACAUGGAUGGAACUGCUCUUUAUGAGGCUGUGGCCGUUAUCUUUAUUGCUCAAUUGAGGAAUGUACCUCUCUCUUUUGUUGAUAUUCUUGCAAUCAGCCUCACCGCCACUGCGGCUAGUAUCGGAGCCGCCAGCAUUCCUCAGGCGGGUCUUGUGACUAUGGUGAUGGUCUUAGAUGUUGUAGGAUUACCCGCUGAAGAUGUCAGCCUUAUCCUGGCGGUCGAUUGGCUACUCGAUCGCUUCCGCACUGUGAUAAAUGUUCUUGGGGAUUCAUUUGGCGUUGGCAUAGUUAGUAACUUCAGCAAGAAUUUACUGAAGAAGAUUGAUGCUCAACAAUUAAGUGACAAUGUGGAAUUUCACGAGAGACUCUGACAAUCCCAAUACCAAGCUUUAACAAAAUGAUAAAAGGAUUAAUUUUUGAGAUAUUAGACCCAAUUGGAUGUAGAAAAAUAUAAGAUUGGCAUAAAUAUGAUUAAAUACAUACAUCUAAACUUUGAGUUUGUUUAACUUUGUAAAAUCGCAGAUACAAAAUCUUCUUGUGCAUGUUUUGUACACUUUUGCA